GCGCCAACAGCUGCUGCCGUUCCCACUCGUGCUGUGGCCGCCCCCGGCGCCUUAUCUCUUGCCGGGAGUAGAAGGGCAACGCGGCCCCGGGGACGCGGCCGGGGGGUGGGGGGAUGGCGGAGCCCGGCGGGACAUCCUCAGGCGCAGGCGGAGCUGGUGGGAAUUCCUCGGGGCCGGGCGGGACCGACCCAGGUUCGCUGCCCCCCGGCGACGCGCAGCUCAUCGGCCUCAUCGUGGGCCAGCUCAAGAGCCGCGGCCUCUUCGACGCUUUUCGCCGGGACUGCCUAGCCGACGUCGAUACUAAGCCAGCCUAUCAGAAUUUGAGACAGAAAGUGGACAACUUUGUAUCUACCCAUCUGGAUAAGCAAGAAUGGAACCCAGCAAUGAACAAAAACCAACUACGGAAUGGGCUCAGACAAAGUGUGAUUCAGUCAGGGAUGCUGGAAGCUGGAGUGGACAGAAUUAUUUCUCAGGUGGUGGAUCCAAAACUUAACCACAUCUUCAGGCCACAGAUAGAGAAGGCAAUUCAUGAUUUCCUGGCUGCACAGAAGAAAGAGGACAUGGUGCCAGCUCCUCCUCCUCCCCCAGAGCCUGAGACUCAGAAUCCUUCUCCACCCCAAGAUGCCUCGUAAGGUCUGGUAUUGCGGCACAUCUUUCUUUGCACACAUUUGUAAUCCAUUUGUGAGCCACUCGUGUAAAUUAAAUAGCCAAAGGACAGUAUUUGAUUGUCAGGUCAGUGCCAAAAUUACUGCAAAAGUAAGAACAAGCUGUGACUUCGAAGUCUAUAAUAUUUGUCAUUAAAAGCACUGCAGUAUUGUACUUGGUCCUCUUUGUUAGUAAUAGUACAUUUUUUUACCAGGCGAGGCAGCAAUUUGGUUAUUGAGUAGCUACUCAAAGAUACAGGAAGGAUUGCAGCUCAAAUUAUCCUUGAGUAAAGGCUUAAUUAUUAAGACACCAUUAAUCCUGGGGUGAGGGUGGGGGAGAGUGGACCAGUCAUUAAAUAUGUGAAGAACGACAUAGAUUCAUGUAUAGAGUGCUGUUUCAGCUGAGCCUGAAUUAUCUUAACUAACCAAUUUGGGUAACUUACACAAUUGAUUAGGAGCCAAUAGCUAUCGCUCAGGUAGCUCUCAUCUUUUAGGACACUGACUCCAGAUUGAGCAUCCCAAUGUUGGUAAAUACUAACCAUUUCUAUUAGGUGCCCCAUAUAACACAACUUGUCAACAAUUACGGUAAUGGCAGUGAAUUUGAAUGUGCAUUGCUUUGCUAUCAUGAAGUUAGAGAUUUAGGAAACCUCUUUUAGAACUUCGAGAACUAGAUCUACAGUCCCUAUUUUUAGCAAAGCUCCAACUUGCUCAAAGACAGGAAUAGAAAAUCUGCCUUUUGGUUUUUGAGCUUCCCUUCUUCACCAGACUCAUGAGUUGCUAUCCUGUAGGCUGCAUCAUAGAGAAAAUCCGGCCUCUACUGCAGAGGGUUUUCUCUGUCUUCACACGUGGUGUACAUAUAAAGUUUAGUGUGGUAUUAAGGACAUACCCCACCCCUUACUUAGACAUAGAACGA